AUGUCUGCGAGAAGAUACACCGUUGUGGUUAUUGCCUUAUUGCUGUACGUGCCCGUCAUACAAGCCGUGAGCAGUGGCAAAUGGCUCUCGCUUUCGCCGAGUUGGCAAUGGUCAGUAAGCACUGCCCCCUUGACCCAGCCAAAGCUGACACCUCUCAGGGACGGAAUUGAUGGCAUGUGGUCGACUUUUGAAGUUGAAAUAGGAGAUCCAGGUAUUUCAACCUCUUGCACUUGAACCCAGCGCGGUCUAACUAGGAAAAGGCCAGAAAGUACGGCUUUUACCCGGCACGUCCGCGUACACAGGUAACGUGGUCUCGGUCGUGACACCACCAGGCUGCUCUCGAUAUCCGGCCGCUGCGAACUGCACUGGCUCGCGAGGCAAUGUGUUUUCCAGCAAUGCAUCUUCGACAUGGUCCACUCGCGGGCUUCCAGACGGCGGAGAAAGCGAACUUGACGAUCCGGUCGAAUCAGCGCUCGGAUCUACUGGUAGCGUUUCUUACGGCUUCGACACGCUACGAUUUCCCUGUCCGGACGUCCCACUCGUAGCCAACCUCUUGGUGGCCGAAUACGCCACGGAAGAUUUCUGGCUCGGAUCUCUAGGCCUGAGCCCGGUCACGUCCAAUUAUUCCGGCGCCCAUGUCUCCGCACCUAGUUUGCUGAGUGUUUUGAGACAUCGUGGAGGAAUCGGCGGUCUCUCGUGGGCUUAUACGGCUGGUGCAUACUACCGACAAGUCUUCGGCAGUCUGACUUUGGGCGGCUACGAUGCGUCGAGACUCGAUGCCAUGAAGUCCAUCACGGUGCCAUUCGCUUCCGAUCCUAGUCGCGACUUGGUAUUGGGAGUACAGUCGAUGACGUACGAUACACCCGGAAGCACGCCGCUAGGGGGAGGUUUCUAUGCGUUUAUCGAUUCCAUGGUGUCGCAAAUGUGGCUCCCAGCCAGCGUCUGCGAGCGAUUCGAGCAGGCUUUCAACCUGACCUGGAAUUCGACUUGCGAGCUUUACCUGGUGACCGAUGAAGCUCAUGCCAAUCUCAUCGAGCUCAAUCCGACUGUGACUUUCACGGUGGGUGGUGCCGAUGCAUUAGCCGACGGGCAGACCAUCGACAUCGACAUACCCUAUGCGGCAUUUGACCUCAACAUCUCUGCUCCCUUGGUUGAGAAGUCUUCGAGGUACUUUCCACUGAAGCGCGCGAACAGUUCCUCCGACUACACUCUCGGCAGAGUGUUUCUUCAGGCAGCGUAUCUGUUCGCGGACUAUGAUCGAUCAGAGUUUCGCGUUUCGCAAGCGUUGUAUCCGGAGAGUUACGAUCGGAAGACCCUCGUCGCAGUUGACUCUCCACACAAGGCGCAUCUGGGCAAAGCUGAAAUUGCAGGCUGCGUCGUUCUCCUGGUGGUAUUUGCGGGCUCUUGUGCUGUCUUUGGGACGACAAUCUUGUUGCGGAAGAAGAGAUCCAGGGUCCAGAGACAGCUCGCAAGCUCACUGGCAGAGAAGGAUGCUAUCGUUGAUGAGAAGGCAGACGCUAUCCAUUCGCUGUCUUUGUGCUCGGCAGCAAGUACGCCAUCGGUUGCGGAACUGAGCGGUAUUGAAACACAGAUCCAUGAGGCACAGACACAAGAUCGGGACCGACCAGAGCUUUCGGAGACGAAAAGAGCAUCAAUCAGACACGAAUUACCGGUGGAAGUCGUUGCUGUUGAGUUAGAUGGCCAUUCCUGUUCAAUAUAG